CGUAAGGAUCGUGGACGGGCGCGAGGUUUCAAGAUGGCGGUGGCAGGGUGGUUGACCGAGAGGCAGAGGUGAAGACCCCUCCGGAAAAAGGACACUAGGGUCGCCCGCCGCCAAGCCUCUCCGUCCCGGGAGCCCCGCAGUUGCGGUUUUUUUGUUUUUUUGUUUUUUUUUGAUGAAGAAGUAAACCAUACAGAUUGUCAACAUGGGACGGAGAUCAACAUCAUCCACCAAGAGUGGGAAAUUUAUGAACCCCACAGACCAAGCUCGAAAGGAAGCCCGGAAAAGAGAACUGAAGAAGAACAAAAAACAACGCAUGAUGGUACGAGCUGCAGUUUUGAAGAUGAAAGAUCCCAAACAGAUUAUCCGGGACAUGGAGAAAUUGGAUGAAAUGGAAUUUAACCCAGUGCAACAGCCACAGUUAAAUGAGAAAGUCCUGAAGGACAAGCGUAAAAAGCUGCGUGAAACCUUUGAACGAAUUCUACGACUUUAUGAAAAAGAAAAUCCAGAUAUUUACAAAGAGUUGAGAAAGCUGGAAGUGGACUACGAGCAGAAGAGGGCCCAGCUGAGCCAGUACUUCGACGCUGUCAAGAAUGCCCAGCAUGUGGAAGUGGAGAGCAUUCCUUUGCCGGAUAUGCCCCACGCUCCCUCCAACAUCCUGAUCCAGGACAUUCCGCUUCCUGGGGCCCAGCCACCCUCCAUCCUUAAGAAGACCUCUGCGUAUGGACCUCCAACUCGAGCAGUUUCUAUCCUACCUCUUCUUGGACAUGGUGUUCCACGUUUGCCACCUGGUAGAAAACCUCCUGGCCCUCCACCUGGGCCCCCACCUCCCCAAGUCCUGCAGAUGUAUGGCCGUAAAGUGGGCUUUGCUCUAGAUCUUCCCCCUCGUAGGCGAGACGAAGACAUGUUGUAUAGUCCUGAGCUUGCUCAGCGGGGCCAUGACGAUGACGUCUCCAGCACCAGUGAGGAUGACGGCUACCCUGAGGACAUGGAUCAGGAUAAGCACGACGACAGCACUGACGACAGUGACACAGACAGGUCCGAUGGAGAGAGUGAGGGCGAUGAGUUUGUGCACCGUGACGACAGUGAGCGGGACAACCCUGAAGAGAAGAAGUCAGGUCUGAGUGUACGAUUCGCUGAUAUGCCUGGAAAAUCACGGAAGAAGAAGAAGAACAUGAAGGAGCUGACCCCUCUUCAAGCCAUGAUGCUUCGAAUGGCAGGUCAGGAAAUCCCCGAGGAAGGACGGGAAGUGGAGGAAUUUUCAGAGGACGAUGAUGAAGAUGACUCGGAUGAUUCUGAAGCGGAAAAGCCAUCACAGAAGCAGCACAAGGAGGAUUCUCACUCUGACAGCGCGACUGCUUCCUCCCAGCAGCAGGCGCCCCCGCAGUCUGCUGCUCCUUCUCAGAUACAAGCUCCUCCCAUGCCAGGACCGCCUCCACUUGGACCACCACCUGCUCCGCCCUUACGGCCUCCUGGGCCACCUACAGGCCUUCCUCCUGGGCCCCCUCCAGGGGCGCCUCCAUUCCUGAGACCACCUGGAAUGCCAGGAAUUCGUGGACCUUUACCACGACUUUUACCUCCAGGACCACCACCAGGCCGACCUCCUGGCCCCCCUCCAGGUCCACCUCCAGGUCUGCCCCCAGGCCCUCCUCCUCGAGGACCCCCACCAAGGCUGCCUCCCCCUGCUCCUCCAGGUAUCCCCCCACCUCGUCCUGGCAUGAUGCGCCCACCCUUGGUGCCUCCUCUUGGACCUGCUCCACCUGGGCUUUUCCCACCAGCUCCCUUGCCAAACCCAGGGGUGUUAAGUGCCCCACCCAACUUGAUUCAGCGACCCAAGGCGGAUGAUACAAGUGCAGCCACCAUUGAGAAAAAAGCCACAGCAACCAUCAGUGCCAAGCCACAGAUCACCAACCCCAAGGCAGAGAUUACCAGAUUUGUGCCCACUGCGCUGAGGGUUCGUCGGGAGAAUAAAGGGGCUACCGCUAUUCCCCAGAGAAAGUCAGAGGAUGAUUCUGCUGUGCCUCUCGCCAAAGCAGCCCCCAAAUCUGGUCCUUCUGUUCCUGUCUCAGUACAAACCAAGGACGAUGUCUAUGAAGCCUUCAUGAAAGAGAUGGAGGGGCUGCUGUGACAGCUCAGGUCAGGAUAGGCACUGUGUUUCGGGGAACAAGAGGCUCUUGUUAAGUUCAGUAAAAGAGCUGCUUCUACUGUCAGGGUGGUUCCUAAUUUCAGUUCCAGGAAUCUCCUGCAGGUUAGCCUUGCUGGGAAUUUACUACACAGGGGGUGUUUCAUUCAGAACAGACUGGGUAUCGGAGCAGUGCUGCUAACAACCGUUCUCCCCUGAGGCCGCCAUUUCAUCCCAUUCCUCCCCCAUCUCCACGCUGGGAAUUUGUGAUGGGGUUUUAGUCACUCACUUGUUUUGACUCUCGUGGGCACUGGAAUAGAGAUUCCUGGAGAAAACAGCUUAUUUCAUCUUGGCUUUUGUGUUUUGAGUUAUUUUUAACAUUUUCAUGUAAAUAUUUUGUAAUAUUUUACUUGUAGUGAAAUGGAUUACAAUAUCAUUUCCUAAUUCAAAGCAGUAUGUGUGGGAAGAAAAUGUAAAAUUCUUUGAUUAAAGUUAUUUCCCACUGACCUAAACUCUUGAGUGUUUCAUGGAAAAAUAAAUGUUCUAUAUCCAGA